UAUCCAUCCUCCGCCGCUACCUCCUCCACCGCUAAGCUUGGAAACUCGUGUAAUAUUGUGCUAAUUUCGUGAACUUUGAGGCGAAUUUGACUCCAGCUUCUCACUGUCCCUUGAAAAUUACAGAGUGCGAUGCUGAUAUGGUGAAUUUUGAAACGUUUUCUGUAAUAUUUAGACUUCAGCUCCUCACAAUCCCUUGAAAACCGUGUAAUCUUUCUCCAAGUCUUGAAUAUUAUUGUGUUUUGACGAAUUAUUGCAUUCUGAAACAGCAAUACCCUUUAAAAAUUACUGGUAAUGGAUUCUGAAGCGGUUUUGAUGAAAAAUUAUACUCCAGAACCUCAUUGUCCUUUGAAAAUUUUCGUUGUGUGAUGCUGUGACAGUGAAAUCUAAUGCGUACUAACAAGAAUUUGACACCACCACUUCUUUCACUACUGCUAAUAUUACUAACGCCACUAUUACGUUGUGUGAAGCUGUUAUAGUGAAAAUUGAAGCGUUCUCAUCUCCGUCUUACACUUCUGCCACUUACUAUAGGGAACAUUAUAGUACAGUGUGUUUGUAGAGUGGAUUCUGAAAGGUUCUGGCAUGUGAUUGUAUAUCCUUCCACGACUACGACUACUACGAUUACAGGAAAUACAAUACAGUGCCAAUACAGUGAAUUUUAAGGUGUUUUUGUGUAUUUUGUACCUCCUUCCAUCUACUGCAUCUUGAAAAUAAUACAGCACGGAGGUUAUUAGUUAUUUUUAUUCCAGUAAUUUUGCCGAGUUUUAGUGAAUAAUGUUCUUUCACUGCUACGGUAUAUAGACACGCGUACCUUCACACAGAAAAGUAAGAAUGAUCGUUGAAACAGACACAUAAUUCUGAAGACUACCAAACCCUUAAACAAACAGUAUUAUCCAUCCAUAAACAAAAGAAAAAUUAGAUCAAAGCACUUACUAAUAUUACCACCAGUACAUUUAACACAAUAUUCCAGUGCAUUGCUACGUAAAUCAAAAGUAAGAAGAAAUUUUUAACACGAACGCCAAUAGUUAGAAAACGGAAAAGAAAAGAGAAAACAGUGACUUCCAAGCAUCACACGAGAUUAAUAGCAAAAUAGCGUUACAUUUUCUUAAAAAACCACACUUCUAGUAGUGAGGAGAGUAUUCUGACAGUCUUAAAAAGAAAUAAAAGAAAAUAACAAACGAAUGAACGAAAUAGAUAAAAGAGAAGAAUAAAGACUGAAACACGGAGGGAAAUAAGUAAAAAGGAGAGGAAGAAACAUUGAGACAAACUUAAGACACGCGGUGAAGUGAGGACUGUAGUGUGAGAGAGCUGGAAGUGACUGUGAGGGAGUGAAGUGAGUCAGUGCGUGGCAGGGUGAGGGAGGAGGAAGGAAGGGAGGGAGGGUCGCGUGCUGCCGUGAAACUCUUGUGGCGCGUUUGUGUGUCUGUGUUGGUGUUCUGUGCCGCUCUGCUCCGCUCGUCCACAGCCUCCAAGCAUCGUUGCCUUUCAUAAUGCCUACCCAGACAAGCGUUUCUCCAGCCCCACCACCGCCACUGCUCACCACAAACAGCCCCAAACUGUGGACUCACCAAACACACUCCUUCAGCCCCAAAUCUUCCAUCAGCCCCCAGUCAGAACACUCCUCUCUAAGCCCUCAUAAGUCUCCGCACAGUCCCUCGUCCCAGCAGUCCUUAAGCCCCCACUCCAAACAGACCUCGCCUAGCCCUUCAAAUCAGCACACUCCCACCCCCAGUAACGCCGCACAGCCCACAGACACAAAGCCACAGCCCCUCCCACGCACACUUCUCCCACAGAAACCCACAGUCAGCCCCCAGAAGGAAAACCAAGCCCCUAGACCCAAAAGACCAGAUAGACCCUCCUUAAUUUUAGACCCCAAGGUACCGUUCCCUCUUCCUAGACACAGCAAGCUUAGUAGUCCCUCUCAGACCCUCGCAGUACCUCCAGCACAGCCCACAGAAAGUCCCACAGUAGUUAUACAGCAACCUUUACCAAGCAUACGAGUCUUGGGAGCACAGCCACGCCCUGCGCAAGCCCCGAUCUUACCAGCACAGCGCGCCCCUCCACCACAGCCGCAGAAGGAGUGGAUUUGCGAAGGGAUCGGGGACGCGGGCGGGGGCAGGGCUGGGGUGUGCAGGGGAGCGGCAGGGAUGCUGGGGAUGAUGUUCUCCGUGGUGGGGAACUGCAUGAAGGCUGUGGAACCCGCCCGGAGGAACCUUAUUGAUGAACCUGAGUUGGUACUGGAAGGGUGUGAGGAGAACAGCCGCCCUGGUACCAUACAGAUCCCGAGACAGGCUGAGACUCCCACUGAGGAGUUAUACAUUAUAGAAGAGGACUCCGGGGACUAUAAGACUGACUCAAGUGUCCUGUACCACCCCUACCACACACCACACCACAAGGGAAGCACCGCCAGACGCCCCCUCGUGGUGGUGAGGAACACGCAGGAACAGUCAAGGGAACACCAGCGCCACCAUCACUACCACCACCACCAUCAUCGUCUUAACCACUUCGCGCAGUACAAACUCGCCUGCUUUAAAUCGAAAGGUGUGGUGCAUGAGGUGCCAGCGAUCGGCAGUGAUGGGGAGAGUGAAGAGGCCUCCGGUGCCAGUGAUGAGGUGACCUCCCCCGUGAAUGUCAAACUCAGGCAGAACAAAAACAGACGCAUCACUCAAGAGGAUAUCAACAAGAGAUUAUCCUUGCCAGCCGACCUGAGGGUUCCUGAUGCAUUCCUACAGAAGCAGUCCAUCAGCCCAGAGGUGCCUCUCAGCAGGGCCUCACGCAGACAAUCACUCUCUGAAAUUGGCUUUGGUCGGAUGGAAACAUAUACUAAAUUAGAUAAGUUAGGCGAGGGAACAUAUGCAACAGUGUACAAAGGGCGGUCACGGCUCACUGACAACCUGGUGGCCCUGAAAGAGAUCCGACUGGAGCAUGAAGAAGGGGCGCCCUGCACUGCCAUCAGGGAGGUCUCGCUGCUCAAGGAUCUAAAACAUGCAAACAUUGUCACCCUACACGACAUUGUUCAUACAGACAAGAGUUUGACGCUUGUGUUUGAAUACCUGGACCGUGAUCUCAAGCAGUACAUGGAUGAGUGUGGGGCACAACUCUCAAUGAAUAAUGUCAAGAUCUUCCUGUUCCAGCUGCUGCGAGGACUUGCCUACUGCCACCAGCGACGGGUCCUGCACAGAGACCUCAAACCUCAGAACCUCCUGAUCAAUGACCUCGGGGAACUCAAGCUUGCGGACUUUGGCUUGGCUCGGGCUAAGUCUGUCCCCACCAAGACGUACAGUAAUGAGGUGGUGACGCUGUGGUACCGGCCCCCUGAUGUACUCUUGGGUUCCACUGAGUACUCCACACAGAUUGAUAUGUGGGGUGUUGGAUGCAUCAUGUACGAGAUGAUCAGUGGACGGCCGCUGUUCCCGGGAGCCACAGUGGAGGACGAGCUUCACCUAAUAUUCCGCACACUGGGUACCCCGACAGAGAGCACGUGGCCGGGCAUUGCCACUAAUGAGGAGUUCAACCAGUACAACUUCAACACCUACCAAGGGGAGUCACUGCUGGCCAGAGCCCCCAGGCUGGCUCAUGACUCAGCUCUCGGCCUCCUCUCAAAGUUCCUCUUGUAUGAAGCAAAGAAGAGGAUCUCUGCAGCCACAGCCAUGAAGCAUCCAUUCUUUGAGUCUCUUGGCCACUCCAUCCACACACUCAAAGACCAGGAAUCCAUCUUCUCAUGCCCGGGACUCGUGUUGACUCGCGACCAUAACUACAAGGUGACUAACGGCAGCCAAGCCAAGAACCGCCGGCAGAGCAUGCACUUCUGAAGCCGGCCUGGGAGGCGUCAUCACCCUCAACCUCAAGUCUGAGAACCAGUUGCCCAGACACAACAUUGACUGUUGACUCUACCCAGAAAAAUCAGAAUCACCUGUUCUAGCAGAGUUACUUCUGUAGAAUGGAGAAUGUGAUUUUCUGAAGAAAAACACUUGGGAUGUGAUUUUUAGAAGGGAACAAAGGCCCAUACCAAGUACCAAGCUAUGUGCUGUGACUCCUCCACACUGAGUGUGGUGUGACCGCGCGUCAGACUAAGCUAGUUUGGUCCAUGGUGGGUGGUGAGGUGGUUCAUGGGAGGCAAGUCAUCAGUGUUCACUACUGUAUCAGUAGACUAUCUCUACCAGUCUAGUGGGGUUUCUAGAACCUUUAGUUUGAACAAUGUAGUCUUUCAAAUAUAUUUAGAAGCCUAGCCUAAAUCUUCAGAUGUAGAAAAUUUAUCUCCCGGCCCUACUCUGCAAAAUUCCCCGACUGGUUGACUCCCAAGGGCUUGAGGUAGUGAUCUGCGGGUCAGAUGUCUCGACUACCAACUUCCAUUACGGUGAUCACAAGCCCCAGACCUGCAUCCCCUGCAGGAUGCAUUACAAGAAUGCAAGUGGAAUAACUCUGUGAUGAUUCGCUCAAUGUUCUCUGAAAAUGCAAACUAGAAAACAGCCUAGUAUUUAUGAGGAAAAAUGGUGUAUAAGUCAGAAUAGACAAAAAUAACAUAUCGUCAAGAAACUGAAGAACUCAACAGUGUGACGACAUUUUGAUCCUCAUUAAAAUUUGUCAGGAAAUUUUGUGAUAGGGUAAAAGUAUCAAAUUGUACCCCAUUCCCUGUUUCAUUUUAACCAUGUGCAAUGUCUAGUACUUCAGUUUCAACAUGGAGUCUCCUCUGAGGUCCAUGCAGGUGUCUCAUUCUUUUCAUUUUGUAUUGUUGCCAUAUAGGCUUUCUUUCCUAAUUAAAUAAUAUGUUGAAGAUUAUGUGAUAUAUAACUUAAUAAAGUUUUGUGUUGUAAGACAUGACAUACAUUUUGUUACAUAUCUCAGUCCCACAUAUUUGUUCUGGUUCAGUUUGUCCCCAACACUUGACUGUAGGUUUGUGGUACCUGAAAACUCAUCAUACCAGCAGGCAGGUCACAGCCACCACUCCUGCACUCCGGCAAUAAUUCCUGGGCCUCUGCCCAAAGCUGUGUAAAAGAACCAUUUUAGUACAUUUGUGCUCAAUGAUAGGUCUUUAGUAAUGCUAGUCCCAAGGUUGAGCAUAAAGAAAAAUUAGAGGACUUAGUUUACAGUUGCGUCCCUGUCAUGCCUGAAUGUAUCCACAACAAGCUUGAUAUUCUGAAGUCAAGAACUGGAGGAACAUUUUGGAAUAGGAUCAAGGAGUUUGUUAUAAGCAUUCCAAAUAUAUUAUGUAUUCCUAUAUAAAGAAUAAGCAUUUAAUUUAACUGUUUGCCUGCUCCUUAGGGAUGACAAGUGACCAAUGUGUUUACAUACCAUGAUUUUCCUUCUUUGUACAAAUUCUAUGAAUUCCACAAACUUCACAUCAAGAAUGACCAAAUUAUUAGCAAAGUGACUAAUUAAUUAUUCCCCAGCUGUGUGGUAGUGACUGAUCAAUUUUGUGAAAGUUGCCUGAACUCAAGGUUUGGUUUUAAAGAAAUUAUAUAUAAUAUAUACUUAUAGAUAGAAUUAUCUUGGAAGAUAUUUCAGAAUACUAGAUCAUAUAACCUUAUUUUAUUAUUCAUAUAGAAUAUCUAAAUCAAUUAAUAAAUAUUUAGUGACUAUGUAGUCACCUUUAAGACAAUGAGGCCUGCUUUUAUAUUCGUCCAAAUCCCAAAGUUAUAAUGAAUGACCUGUUAAAGAGGACACUUACAUGGCUCAGCUCUCACAGGUGUGUGUUUUAGGCAACUGUGGACUUCACUAAAUGACUUGCAGUAUGAUCCUACCCAGACUUCCUCAUAAAGAAAACACAUCCUCAUCAGUAUGCCAUGUAUGUUUAGAAAUGAGCUCAUUCUAUUUUUGAACAGGUGUCAACUACGACUAUAAUGUAUAUUUUCAACUAUUUCUAUCAUAGGUUGAAUCAGCAUGACAUUGUGUCAAUAUGUCCAAAGUGAAUAAAGAAAACCUAAAGA